CUCCAUAAUAAUGUCAUUAUUUAGAUUUUGAAAUUUAAAAAAUUUUGGUCCUUGAAAAUGGAACACAACAGCCUCUGAAUUACGCAGAACACUCAGCCGGGAUUCUCUCCUUUUUCUUCCCAACGCAAAUCAUUCGUCACCGAUUUCCAAUCGCAGGUGUUGGGUGAAUUUCUGCACACAAAAUGUCUGCGAUGGAUGAGAGUUCUAAAGACGUUAAUAUUGUGAAUAACGAUCCAAAAGUUGAAGUAAACGAUGAACCUUCUUCUGAAGAAGUCCAAAUUCAAGUAGAAAAACCAGAGGAUAAUCCCAUGCCCUCACCAGCCCAGGAGGAAGCAGUGAUCAAGAAAAAGUAUGGAGGAUUACUACCAAGGAAAACCCCAUUAAUCUCAAAGGACCAUGAUCGUGCUUUCUUUGAUUCUGCAGAUUGGGCACUAGGAAAGGGAUCACAAAAGAGCAAAGGACCUCUAGAGGCACUGCGCCCAAAAUUACAGCCGACCCCACACCACCAAACUCGUUCAAGAAGAUCCGCGUAUGCCCCUGCAGAUGAAGGCGAAGAUGGUGGUAGCCCAAAUCUUGCGGCUUCAGAGGAUCAAGGGUCUGAUGUAGACAUGACAACCGAAGAUAAAUCUCAUGACUCUGAAGAUCAUAGCCAUCCAUCCUCCGAACUGAGUGUUGUGUGACUUUUGUACCAAUUGUUUCAGAAUGAAGAACACAUACAUGACUGAUGAUACUAUAUCAUUUUUGUAUCUUGAGAGUCUUUGUCAUCUUCAGAAUGUUGUGUGUGGCCUCUUUUAUAUGAUGGGCAGAAUAAAUUUCUUUUAUGUCA